UUCGCCGACGAUCUUGCUGAUGUCGUUUCGGAAGAGCUCUCCGUGACGCAUCUGGACACGCCAGAGCUCACGUGAACUGUCGUGGGAGCGUAGACGUAGUAGUGACAAAUGAUGGUCUGAUGUGCCGUAUAGGUUCCUUCUUGCUCGUUAGGACCUAGGCUCGCCAUUAGAAAUCACUAGGAUCUUCCGCUGUCUCUCUCUGCGUUCGGUCUUUGACAAACGACGGUGUGCUCGCAACCUCCUCUAUCGGUCACGGUACCGCAUCCAGGCUUCACCUUCCCGCGCAACGUUGUCCCUGACAGGCUUGAACUCUCCAGGAUGGACGUAAACACCCGGCCAGCGACUGAUAUCAGCGGAUCGCCAGUUGGUGUAUUCGCUUGCAAACCGCACGUUGCCCAUCAGACAGCCUUGCGAGCAAGUAUGAACUUGACUCUCGUGAUCAGCUGUUUUGCCUUUCCUCGAUACUCGGCUCUCUUUUCCUUGCGGUGCGCUUUCUGCUCCUCUUGCUUCUUCUUGAGUUCUUCCAACUGCUCGGGUGUAACACGCUUCCUACCGACGCCUCCCCCUCCUAAGGCUACACCAGCGCUGGUUGAUGACGAUGCACAAGCUCCUGAUGUACAAGCUGCUCCGGUAGAACAGGCACCUGCACAGGCUGGUGCACCUGUAGCUGCACAAGACAUUCAGGUACAGUUGAUGGAGAAGCUUCCAGAUGACCCAGUGAUCGCGCUUGAGUGGUCACAAGUCGUGCAGUCAAGGGCUGCGUCGAAGUAUCCUGACCCUGAUGUACGUCUUCAGUCGUAGUGUCUUGCUCCUCUUCGGUCUGAGUGUACGGCCCUUUGCUUGCGCUUUUGCGCUGGCUUUCGCUGCCUUCUUACGCCGCUUGCGUUCUUCUUUCACUUGUCGUUUCACCUCUUCUUCGCGUCGUAGACGUUCGA